AUAGUUUAUCACCAAUACCACUAACCAUAUCAUGUCACAACCUCCUAAGAAGUCUACGAAAGUGAGGAAACCUCAAACCGAGGAGGAGUACCAGAUCCAACGACUGCAGUACUACGCAGAGGGUCCCUUUUUGAAUACAGAGAAUUGGUUGUAUGAAGAAAUAGAAAAUCAUCCUCUUGAUGAGAAUAGGAAGAGUGACAGAGUUGUUGUCAUUCAUGCUUGUGAAAAGGCAUAUUUCAACCGAGACUAUCACAAAUGCUUGGAGUUAAUACUGGCAGGAGAAACUCUUUUCGGGGUAGAUGGAACCACUGUUUCUAGAGCGCAAAAGCAAUCUGAAUAUGAGGCUGCUGGUAUAAAAGUUGCCAAAAGUGCAAAGAUUGAGAAACACAUUUUAGAGCUCUUGAGUAUAAAGGAGAGAUGCUUACAGAAAAUAAAUCAAGCUGAAUCAUAAUUAUUCCACAUAGCAUUCCCAUACACGUAAACUCCACCAUUACAUGUCAUCCUUAGCAUUUAUAUCAUUAUUAUUAUUAUUUAUUUGAUCCAUUAAUAAAACCAAUCUAUUUAAAUCCAU